ACUGCAUAUCGCCAAAACUAUGUUGCAAUCAUCUACCAUAGCACGCACCCUUGACGGCGUGCAGACGGAUGUGCUCAUCCAGACAUUUGCGGACCGCAUCAUCGUCCUAGUGACCCAGUUGGGCAAGGUCGGAAGUCUGAUUGAGGCCAGCAUGCCAUCGACUAUGCCCCUUCUACCGGCUCCUCCUCCGGACGCAGCGCAGCCAAACGAACGCCCUCUACCUGUGCCUCCACCCUCAUUGCAACUCACACCCCUGCUGGGGAGUGCACCGACAGAGCGGAUGCAGACGCUUCACUCCCUUUACGCGUCUCAAAUUGCCACACUUGUGUGGACGCUGGAGGAGGCCAGUGUCCUGGAGGCCGAUAGGCGACCUGUAGUGGUCGGUGUUGCGUUGGCGAAGUCGACGUCGGAGCCUGCCCAGUCAUCCGAACUGAGUCCGCAUGACCGCACCGUUUUCAGGGGCGUUAUGGAAAUUGUCAGGGAGCUUCUGGAGAGAAGAUGAAGGUGUGGGGUUAGUAAGUGGAAACGAGAGAUUCCUAGGGUUUGCACUGAAUGAACACUCUGUUGUACAAUAAAUAACUGACCGCCGC